UGCACUUUAUUGUAGUAUUUCACAUAUUAAUUUUGCUGCUUAAAUUAGUUUGAACCAUAAAUUCGUUAACUUUGUGGACUUUAAUCAACUGGAUUUGUAUGUUGGACAAUAAGAAAAGUCUAGAAUAAUCUGCUUCAUGGGUAAUACUUCGUGGGUAACAUUGUAGGUUUAGGCCGACCCCAAGAAAUGUGAAAUACACAUAAUAUUAUUAUAAUAUCAGAAAUACAUAAAUAUAUACAUCUUAGCCCGAGUCAGGGCUUAUGGAAUCGUCAUGUCCGUCUGUCCGUCUGUCUGUCUGUGACACGCUAGCGGACGAACCACUGAACCGAUUUUGACCAAUUUGGUCUUAAAAUGCGUAUUUCGACAAGGUCUUGGAUGAGUUCGAAGAUGGGCAUGAUCGGUCCAGUGGUUGACCGGUGGGGGUCAUUUAAGUGGUGUGGGUAAAUAGCACCAAAUUUACAAGUUAUCGUAGAAACCUGAAAUUUGGCAUGAGGGUUCACGUACCCAUUAGAUCAAAUAAUGUGAAGUCAGAUUUUAAAAUAUUUUCGCCAGAGGGACCCAACAGGGUGACCCACACUGGUUUUUGAAAUUUGUUAGAAAUAGCUGAAAUUCGACAUGGAGGUGCAAGAUCGUCUCAAAUUUACGUUUAUGAAGUAAAUUUUUAGAAACUUUGUAAGAGAACGGUCCAACAGGGUAACCCAUACCGAUUUUCAGAAAUUUAUGGUUGGAAGCUGAAAGGCACAGAGAUUCUCGUGAAUAAAUAUGAAUAAAAUCAACCACAGUGGUACUACCACUGUGGGGUGUAGUAGGGUGACCCAUACUGAUUUGUAAAAGUGGCUACAUUCGAAUAAAAUUUAGUAUGGGGGAUUUGAGUAAAAAACUUUGUGCGAAAUCAUUGAAAAUAUUUGGACGUAUUCGACCAUCUAAGUAUGGAGGUGGUAAUAGUAGUUUGGUCGUCGGUAAAAACGUAAAAGCUGAUAGUACCCAUGACUCGGGCUAUAUCAAGUCUGCACUGUAGGUCGACAGAAUUCCAUUUCCCGCUGUCACAAUUUGUACAUCGUCAAAACGAAAAUACCGAGCUUAUGAAGAACAAGUAAGGUUAGUUAAAUUCAUGGGCGAUUAGACUCAAUUUGAAACUUGUAUAGCUUUAAAUUAUUAUCCAACCGUUAUCUGCUCCAUCCUACAAUGUUAAAAGUAGCAUCGGGGUAGGGCACGUGGCCUGUGGCCCUUAGCCGACCAAACGGUUGGAUAACAAAACUAUACAUAGAUGCCAUGCUAUCUGGUCGGAUAAUAUUACGAUAACCUCACUUUGUAGAGAGUAUGAAAUGCUGUGGAACAGAUGGGCACCUAACUUUACUGACAUUCCUCAAAACCAACUGGAAGAUAUGCAAAGGCGCGUAUACUCUCUUUUUUAUUUGGAAGACCUUUGUCGAGAUUCCAACAGUUUCAGCGACCACUUCAAAAAUAAUAUAAAUCUUACAUAUAUUUCCAAGCACAACAACACUGAGGUGGACUUUGCCAUGCAGUAUGCCAGGAAAGCACUGCAUAGUUGUAAUGACAUCAUCAAACUCUGCCUCUGGGGGAACAAGCCAUUCAACUGCUCAGAAUUCGUAUCCAUUACAACGGAAUACGGACAUUGUUGUACUUUUAAUUCGAUGCCCGAAUUCAUUUUGAGGAAAGACUUCCCGCUGCCAAAAAGGAUAAAAAUUAGGAACAGAACUGCCCACAAUCGUCGUCUGCAACGACAAAGGACCUACGAUGCAUGGGCAAAGUGGGACAUUGAUCAACAUUUGAUAGAGAAAGAGGUGGAUACUGUGCAGAAUACUUCAGACGAAGUGACCUAUGACGACGUCUUCGUCGUCGACGUCCCAAAGCACCAGAGAACAGCAGGAAUGAGAACCGGGCUGUCCCUUCUCCUUCAUCCAGACCUGGAAAAUGCUGCCUAUGAUAAUUGCGACUCUUUGGACGGUGUUGGAUUUCGGGUUCAAGUUCACUCACCAUUAGAUUAUCCACACAUUUCUGACUUUGGAAAAACUAUCAAGCCAAAUACAGAGACAUUUAUCGACAUUGAAGCCUCCAUUACUAUGCCGGAUAGAGAUGUGGAGGAUAUCAGUAAAGAAAAGAGACAGUGUUACUUCCGGAAUGAAUAUCAUUUGGCCACAUUUAAUUUUUACACCCAAAAAAAUUGUAUUGACGAUUGCAUAAUGAACGAAAUUUACAAACGAUGCAAAUGUGUCCGAAUCUAUAUGCCACGGCAGAAUCAGUCGUUGUGUGUGACGGACGAGGAUUACGUGUGCACGAAAAACAUGAAACGUGAAAUCAACGAUGUUGGGACGCAAGAAUUUUGCAAAUUUUGUUGGCCGUCGUGCACUCAGAUUGAGUAUUUUGCAGAUACAACUGGAUUUCCAUUGAGAGAUGAUGUAGACUUGUGGAAGACAACAUCCACCUCAACAAAUAUCAGUGGACAAUCAAAUUGGUCUCAAGAAAAAGUGGCUGUAGUUCACUUAUAUUUUUCAAAAGAAACGGUCGAUUCCCGAGCUCGGAAGGCGUUAUAUGGCGCAAUGGAAAUUUUAGCCUCUGCUGGUGGGGUUGUGGGACUGACUCUCGGCAUAAGCAUGCUCUCAAUUGUAGAACCCAUAUAUUUUUUUACGAUAAGACUUUUCUUUCGUGGAAAUAGUUCUACUUUGACAACAGUCGAUGACAUCAAGAGUAAGAAGCAUGCUGAAAUUAAACCAACCAAGAUUAUGGUCAAACCUGCACAAGUUGCAACAAGUAAUCAACAAUUGAGUGUAACAAGAAGAAUUCCUAGAGAAUGGAUUACUAAUUAAAAUAAAAUGUGUAUGUAAAUAUUGUUGCAAUAAUUUUAUUCCAAGCAAUUUUUUACAUGUUUCACUAGUUAAAUAUUCCAGAAAUUUAGAGGAAGUCUCACAAUAUGCAAAGUUAUAUAUUUUUAAUCAAGUAGAUAUUUCCUUUAUUAUAGGAUUUUUGUUUAAACACAUUUAUAAACUAUGAAUAAAAUACUUUUAAUUGGCUUGGGGAGUAGAGGAAAAACCGCAAUGUUGGUGGGUUGAGAAAACCUCUACUUGCUUCGGACAGGCGUCGAUAGGAGAUCACGAAUAAUCACGAUGCUGCCCCUUACAAGAUUUUCGUACAUAGAUUGACAUAUCAUUUAAAACAUAAAAUAAUUCUUCGAUCUUCUUUGAUGUAUAGAAUGUGCAUAGUAAUAAAUAUUAAUGCGAUCUAGUACUUU